UUAAAGGAGAAACAUCUGUAGGAUCUGGAAGAUUCUUCAACAUCUCCAAGAUCAGCUCUGAUGACAGUGGAGAAUACAAGUGUAGAGCCAGAAAUGCACAUGGAGAGAAAUACUCUGAUCCUGUGACUUUAGAUGUCCAGUAUCCACCCAGGAACAUCUCAGUGUCUGUCAGUGGGUCUCAUGUAGUAAUGUCUGGAGAUUCAGUAUCUCUGAACUGCAGCAGUGACUCAAACCCUCCUGCAGAAAUCAGCUGGUUUAAAGAAGAAUCAUUUGUAGGAUCUGGAAGAAUCUUCAACAUCCCCAAGAUCAGCUCUGAUGACAGUGGAGAAUACAAGUGUAGAGCCAGAAAUGAGCAUGGAGAGCAAUACUCUGAUCCUGUGACUUUAGAUGUCCAGUGUGAGUUUAUGAAUGUUCAGCUAUUAAAACUGACAAAAGCAGUAUUUGAAUCAAUUUAAGUGUUGGUUAUUUGGGUUAAUUAUUUGUUACCCUUUUUUUCUUCUUCUUCUUCUUUUUUAGAUCCCCCCAGAAAUGUCUCAAUGUCCAUUAGUGGAUCUGCUGUAAUAAUGUCUGGAGAUUCAGUGACUCUGAGCUGCAGCAGUGACUCAAACCCUCUUGCUGAAAUCAACUGGUUUAAAGCAACCAAGUACAUAGGAUCUGGAAGAAUCUUCAACAUCUCCAAGAUCAGCUCUGAUGACAGUGGAGAAUACAAGUGUAGAGCUAGAAAUGACCAUGGAGAGAAAUACUCUGAUCCUGUGACUUUAGAUGUUCAGUAUCCACCCAGGAACAUCUCAGUGUCCCUCAGUGGACCUUCUGUGAUAAUGUCUGGAGAUUCAGUGACUCUGAGCUGCAGCAGCGACUCAAACCCUCCUGCACAAAUCAGCUGGUUUAAAGGAGAAACAUCUGUAGGAUCUGGAAGAAUCUUCAACAUCUCCAAGAUCAGCUCUGAUGACAGUGGAGAAUACAAGUGUAGAGCCAGAAAUGAACAUGGAGAGAAAUACUCUGAUCCUGUGACUUUAGAUGUCCAGUAUCCUCCCAGGAAUGUCUUAGUGUCCGUCACUGAUUCUGGUCAGCUUUUUUCUGAUUCAGUGAGUCUGAUGUGCAUCAGUGACUCAAACCCUCCUGCUCUGAACUUCAGCUGGUUUAAGGAGAAUCAAAGCUCAGCUGUUGGAUCUGGACAGAGUUUCAGUGCAGUACAGAGUGGACGCUUCUACUGUGAGGCUCACAAUCCACAUGGAGCUCAGAGAUCAGACGCCGUCACUGUCACUGUUCAGCAAGGCGCUGGGAGAACUAUGACUGUGAUAAUAGUCACAUCUGCAGGAUUAAUAAUCAUCAUAAUCUUGCUUGCAAUGCUAUUUAAAUGGAAGUGCAAACGAUCUGCAUUGAAAGAGUCUGCGAUCUCAGACUCAUAUGGAUCUAUGGAUCCCCAGCCCACGACCUCUGACCUUUACGACACACCCACAGAAGAGGCUGCAGUGAGAGGCGGAGCCAGAAAUCAUCAAUCCUGAGCUGUGUGGGCGGAGAUUGACAGGGAUCAUUAGUGAUGAGUCAGUGAAUUGCUUUAUAGUCUUAUAGUGUUUAAUAUUUUCGGUGUCUGUGUUCAUGUUUCUCCUGUAAGUGAUCAGUUAGUGACGGUGCAAACCUUCACUCCACCAGCAGAGGUCUCCAUCUCCUGCUACUAAUAGAAAUGUUUAUGGGGUUUUUACUUGUGUUGUGCUCAAAGUUAUUUGAUUGUGUUUUCAUUUUUUAUCUGCAUAAUUUCUAACAUUUCAUAUUGUGAAUAACAUCAAUAUUCUGACUACUCAGUUUGUAAAGAGUGGUAGUGACUUAAACACCUCUCAUUUUCAUUUUUUAUUUCACUUUGUGGGUUUUACUUUAUUUUAAUGGCCUCUUUAACGCAUUUUGUUGAAUUUAGGUUACAUUGCAUUUACAUGCCAACUAAUUCUCAGAUUAUAAGUAAAAUGUUGGGUUGGGUUUGGGGUUAGUUGCCAUGUACUUGCAAAGUUUCUUAUGGCCAGUUAAAUUUCUGUUGAAGAAGUAGAAAGUCUCCUAAUACACAAAUGAAAAUUAACGACAUGUAUUUGCAAUGAAACAAUUAGUCAACAUAUCAUGCUAUAGAGACCCUCAAAAUAAAGUCUUAACAAUUUGGGUAAAGUGUAUAUGUAAUGUAUAACCAAGUAUUUGUUGAUGUAA